ACCCAUGAUAUCUUGAGCUGCGUGGCUUCGUCGUCUGCGCUUUCCAUGGCCGACACCAAGUUUAUCAGCAGCCUGGCAAUUGAAUUUAACCUGGACAUAGCAUGGGAGCUAAGGGCUGUCACAGCAUUCGCCAAGGCGGUGCCUGAACUUCGCACGCACAUUCGCGGUCACGCGCACAAGAGUAAGCAGGUGGACUUUCUAAAUGAGCCCAUGCAAGAGACGAAGCUGUACAAUAACGUCACCGUGUUCGUGCCGGGUUACGAAACACCCUACGCAAAGCUGGACUAUCAGUACCUCACCAGAAACCCAUUCGUCAAGCAGAUGGAGCGCGAGCGCUACUUCCGCGUGGUGACGGUGGCCGAGCAACCGUCCCAGCCCUGGCGCUGGAGUAGUGCGCCGCCAACUCUGUGGACAUUAGCGAAGUGCGGCUGCAGGACGAUGUGAAGCUGGCCGUGGUGGUUGGCGCGGAGCAUGCGCGCCACAAGGUUCAGCAGCAGGUGGAGGUGAUGCUGGGCUGGAAGGAGGGCCGAAUCAGCAAAGACGAAUACAAGGCUGCAGAGUGGGCCACGGUGCACAUCGCCGGCGAUAAGGGUUCGCCCAUCAGUCAGCUGACCAAACACCGGGCAUCUUGCAACGGUGGAGCGCCAGUGGGUUCACCUGCCUAGUUGCUGGGCUGACCGGAUGGAAGCGUGACAUCAACAUGCCGGCUUUGCAAUGCCGGCAUGUUCCACCUCUUGCGCGAUGCCGCCAGCAGGCGCCAGCCGGUGGUGCUUCAAGAAGAUCAGUGGCCUCGUUGACGCUGACAAGCUGAAGAUCGAGAUCGACGGCAUGGCCUUCUCCCUGGAGCGGGUGGUGCUGGUGGAGCGCAAGCCGCGCAUCAAGCUGAUGAAGCUCGUGGCGGCCGGCGCGCCCAACACUGACAUGCUGCGGGACCGCUUCAGGCCGGAGAUCAAGCCCCUGGAGGUCUUCCUCAUGGCGGACGGCUGGGUGGACGACCCUGGCGAGGCGGCGGCGUGCGCAGUCCGCAUGGAGGAGGAGGGCAUUGCGCCGUUGCUGCCCACUGGCGACGGCGGCUACGAUGCACGCGACAGCUGCGGCCGGUGGCCAGUCGACGACGGCACACGGCGGCGCGGACAGACCUUUCUCGCCAACAACAAGCCGGGACGCCUGCGGCCAAAGAGGUCCGGCAGCAGCGCCGCAACGGAUGCCAGCGGGAGCAGCGGGGUCGGCGGGGCGGCGGGGCCCAACAGCGCGGUGGGCAUCGGCCGCCACGCCAGCAGCAGGCAGCAGGCGGCCUGCAGCCCGGCGCACCCGGCGCACCACCUGCGCACGCACGACCCCUUCAGUGCCACCAGUGGCGCCUGGCUGCAGCGCCGCGUCGCGCUAGUCUGCCGCCCCCUGCACCCGCCCCCCCCCUGCACCCGCCGCCCCCUGCACCCGCCGCCCCCUGCACCCGCCGCCCCCUGCACCCGCCGCCCCCUGCACCCGCCGCCCAUGCACCCGCCGUGCCACCACCACUACAGCAUGCCCAGCGGACGCCGGCUGUAGCUGCAGCGCGCUGGGCUGGGCAGCAGCUGGCGAGGUGGAGCGCCGAAGGGGGAUGCGUGCCGGGGCCCGGGCCGGGCUGAGAGCUGGGCGGGUUCGGGGCGGCAGCAGCUAGGCGAGGGCUCUGGUUCCGCGGCUACUGCGGUGUACCAUUCUUUGCCCGUGUUGUAGUUGGCGGCACUCGUGCGGCUAUGCGUUUGGCGCCUGACCGAGAGUGUAUGGCUGUGUGCACAUUAUUUGACAUGGUCAGGUUGCGACAUGUCGACAUGUGAAAUGCGACAUACAACAUUGCGACAUACCAAGACUCGCCCACAUUUGCAUAGCUACGCGUCCUGGAGCCCAUUUAAGUAACAUCUCCCAGCUUUGCGGCGGUGUAUUGCGCUAGCGUAGCCACAAGCUGCUCCCACUGGCCGCACCCUACGCCACGCCACCACCACCGUGGCAACCGAGACACGUUUUGUUGUGUGCCACGGCGUUCCACGCUUACCAGAGGCAUAUUGAAUGCAUGCACAAUAUGUUUGGCGGGUUUGGAUGCGUUUGGGCGAUAUGUGCAUUAUGUCGCAAUGUCGUAUGUCGCAAUUCACACAUCCACAUGUCGCAACCUGACCAUGUCAAAUAACUUGCAAGCUGCUAUAUGUAGCCUGUGCGUGCCGGUGCAUACCGACCAAGUGAGAGUGUUGCGUUUGCGUGUAUGCGUUUUUGUCUCACCGCAGUCAUGAACUGCCCAACCCUUUCCAAGAAUGUAUGUUCUAAUGCCAAGGCGUUGUUAUGCGCCAACUUCUAUGCUUGCUUGAGGCCGGGUGCGUUCCUGGAACAAGCUGUUUGAGAGCUUCAACAAUUGCGCACUGGCAGCAGGUCUUAGACCAGCGUACAGUAGAAUCACGAGUGGGUGACGGGCUGAUGCCGGAUGAUGCUCAAGGCUUGCACAGUGGGGUAGGUGCACAUUUUUGAAACACUAAUGACAAUGAUUGCACACAAAACGCUUGCUGCAUGUUGUCAAAUGGAAAUUCAAUCAUGGAGCAACGGGGCUUGGGUGAGGUGGGACUGGUGGAAGGGUGUGCGUGUUCUUUGAUCAAAUCGUUUCCUCUUUCUGCAGCGGCUGGGGGUGUGCCGGGGUUUGGGGUUUCCGAGCAUGGGCGUUAGGCAUACCUGGGUUGGUGCCGUGCGUACCGUACGUAUGGAGGCAGCCCCGCAUACCGUGCGUAAUGCUUUCCAGCUCACGUCUAACUGAUGUGUUAUCUCAAACUGGGUGCGGACUAUCUACGACCCGCCUGGGUCAGUAGUCCUGGCGCCGGCCCGCCCGGCGCAACACGGUGUAGAGAGCGUGUGUGCAUGGUGACAGGAUGGGCAAGCAAGGUGGCGUGGAGGUCGUUCGUGACAGGCGCUUUAUUUUGACAGGGCAACGGCACACGGGGAACACGCGCGGUUAUGGGUAACCCCCCAACUUUGAGGCCCCAGCAAAGUGUGCUUGGUGAUUCGUAGCACGCUAAAAUUUUGGCUACCCCCCGUGCCGUUUGCAAUCUUCCGGCCGUGCAAUCCAGAUUGCCCCAGUCAUGUAGCGGUUUUUGCAACGACGGGGUGCAGAGGGAAGGGGAGGGGAGGGGGCAAGUCUUAAGCAUCCAGUGCAAACUGCCGGGCAUACAUUUUUUAACCACUUAUAUUUUUGGCGCGUUGGUUUGGUGUUUGACAUUGCGGCUUGAAAGGCAGCACUGCGGUGUAGGCGGGUACGUGUGCACCCAACUGCCGGCCGGUGGAGCCACCUGAAACACCUUGCGCGCCACGCGACAGGCUGCAUUGUGACGUUUUCUUGGUGCAGUGGAUGGGAACAAGCAGUAUUUGGUAAAGCCUAUUGAUAGCAAUGGCGCGCAGGCUGAGCGAGGAGCUGUCCGGUGUCUGGGUAGCGCUCCGCAUUGGGGCGAGCAAGGCGUGUGUGCCAAGCGGCAGCAGCGGCAUGACACGUAGUGUGGCAGCGACGCAUGUGCUGAGUCGUCCUGGCUGGCUCUGCUGUGGUGGCUUGACCACUGCUGGGCACCUGCUGGGUUCGGCUACGUGCCUGUUCAGACCGAUUCCGCUGUCAGGACCUGCCAGCCACUGUAACAUGCUGAGUAG